AUGUGUGAUCAAGACACGAGUCCAAAUAAGUAUAGUGAAUUGAGAAACAUCCACAAAUAUUACAUCGAUUCGUAUGCUGCAUUGUAUCGGUUAAAUGCUGAAAACGAUGAAGAAUUAAACUCAAUUUACAAAAUGAUCAAAGCAAACUUGAUUGAUUCAAAGAAAUAUCUUCCUGAAAAAAUUAUACGAGAGAUUUUUGGUAUCAUUGUCUUUAACAACCGCUAUACAAAGUCAUAUUUGAAACUUGUGAAACUCAUAUCUGACAAUUAUCAAAUAAAAGAGAUACCAUAUCUAUCAAAAGAGUAUAUAUACCUUUUUCAUAAAGAAUAUGGAAUUUAUUUAAGCAACCCAACAGAUAUCAGAUUUGAUUUUUUAAAAAAUAUGGAUGUUUGUUAUGAAGAUACAAUUUACAGAGCCAUCAUGUAUAAUGAUCUAAAACGAUUCAUCUAUUUCACUGAAAGAGAUGGAUUUGAUGAAAAUCAAAAGCUUGAAAGUGAUUUCUAUCCAUCUUCCAUUAGAUUUUCAUUACUUGAAUUAUGUUGUUACCAUGGAGCAGCUGAUUGUUUUAAGUUGUUAAGAACGAAAUAUAACUCGGAAAUAACUCAAAAAUGCCUAGGAAAUUCAUUUUUGGGAGGAAAUUCAGAGAUCAUGAGUGAAUGUUUGAAAUAUCAAACGCCAGAUAAACUUUGCAUGUAUUAUACAAUUAUUUCACACAACAUUGAUUUUGUUACAUUCUUAAUGAAUGAAUACAAUAUAGAGAUUGAUCCACAUGAAUGCGGAUUAUAUAAUAAUCUUGAUGCAUUAUUAGUUUAUUUUGAUCAAACUAAUGAUGUUAACAAAUGCUUAAUUUAUUCAUCGAUGUUUGACAUUCCAUCCCUUUGUGAAUAUUUCCUUUCACUUGGCGCAAAUAUCGAUGCAAAGGAUGAAAUGGAACGUACCGCUCUUCAUUAUUCAGUAUUGUUUGGUUUCCUAGAAAUAGCCGAAUUUCUUAUUUCUCAUGGUGCAAAUAUCAAUGAAAAAGAUGUAAAUCAAGAAACUUCUCUUCAUCUUGCAACAGAUAAAUUUGACGAUACAAUGGUUGAAUAUCUCCUUUCACAUGGCGUUAAUGUCAAUGAAAAGGAUAUAAAUGGAUGUACUGCUCUUCAUUAUGCUGCAAAUCAUAAUCUUAAAGAAAUAGCUGAACUUCUUAUUUCAUACGGUGCAAAUAUCAAUGAAACAACAUUAAAUAAUGAAACUGCUCUUUAUCGGGCGUCAGAUUGCGGAAAUAAAGAAAUAGUCGAACUUCUUCUUUCACAUGGUGCCAAAGUCAAUGAAAAAAAUAUAGAUGGAAAUACAGCUCUUAAUAUUGCCGCACACAAUGAUUAUACAGAUAUUGUUCAGCUACUUCUUUCACACGGCGCUUCUGUUAAUGAAAGAGAUAAAUAUGGAAAAUUUGCUCUUCAUUCUUUAGUAUCUUGUCAUGAAAAAGCAACAGUCGAACUUCUUCUUUCAUAUGGUGCAAAUGUCAAUGCAAAAAAUAAUUAUGGAGAAACUGCUCUUCAUACAGCAGCAUCUUAUGAUAAUAACGAAAUAAUCGAACUUCUUCUUUCACAUGGUGCAAAUGUCAAUGAAAAAGAUAAUUAUGGAAAAACCGCUAUUCAUUAUGCAACAGAAAGCAAUCACAAAGCUACAGUCGAACUCCUUCUUUUACAUGGUGCUAAUAUAAAUGAAAAAGAUGCAAACGGAAUAACAGUUCUUUAUCUUGCAUUAAACGAUCUUAAUAAUGAAAUGAUUGAUUUGCUUGUUUCAUAUGGUGCGAAUGUCAACAAAAAACGUGUAGAUGGAAAAACCGCUCUUCAUGUUGCAGCUUGUAAUAAUAGUAUAGAAACAGCCAAACUUCUUAUUUCAAAUGGUAUAAAUAUCAAUGAAAAAGAUAUUUUUGGAGAAACCGCUCUUCAUUAUGCAGCAGGUACAAAUAGUAAAGAAACAGUCGAACUUCUUAUUUCACACGGUGCAAAUAUCAAUGAAAAAAUAAAAAUGGAGAAACCAUUUUUCAUAAUGCAGUAUAUCAUAAUAGUAAAGAAAUUGCUGAACUUCUUAUUUCACUCGGUGCAAAUAUCAAUGAAAAAGAUAAUUAUGGAAAAAACUCUCUUCAUUAUGCAGUACAGAAGAAUGGUAAAGAAACAACUGAACUUCUUAUUUCACUUGGUGCAAAUAUCAAUGAAAAAGAUAAUUAUGGAAAAACCGCUCUUCAUUAUGCAGCAAGUUCAAAUAGUAAAGGAACAGCUGAACUUCUGA